AUGAGCAACCCUGACCACAACCUCUCUUCCUUCAUGCCUGUUACCGAAGAAGAACUCGAUGAGCUCUGGAGUUGGAACUAUCCCUUACAACCAGAGUUGAGGUUCUGCAUGCAUGAGAAGGUUUCCGAGCAGGCUGCGCUCAAUCCGGAGAAGAUCGCCAUUGAGGCCUGGGACGGCACCUUGACAUAUCGUCAAGUCGAAGACUAUUCUACCGACUUGGCGCAGACUCUACAACUGCUGGACGACUCGCCGCGUCAGAUCAUUCCGGUACUUUUCGAGAAGUCGCGUUGGACUUCGGUUGCAGUGUUGGCUGUCAUGAAGGCUGGUGCAUGCUUCGCGCUCCUUGACCCAGCACAACCAGAAGGCCGCCUACGAGCAGUAGUGCAGCAAGUCAGCGCAAAGCUCUUCAUCUCAUCGAAAGCUCAGUCUACACUAGCUGCGCGUGUCGCCCCAUCGGCGACUAUCAUCCCCAUCUCCGCGUCCAAGUUCGACAAGGUGUACUCUCCAGCUGCUGCGCAGCAACCCAAGACCACUCUCGCACCAGUAUCACCUGACCAGCCAUUGUACAUUCAGUUCACCAGUGGAAGUACGGGUCUACCGAAAGGAUGCAUCAUUACGCACAGUCAGUACACGUCUGGUGCGAUCCCGCGCGCUGACGCUGUGGGCUAUCGAUCGCAUUCUCGCGUGCUGGAUUUCGCGAGUUAUGCCUUCGACGUGUGUAUUGACUCGAUGCUCUGCACUCUGGCCCAUGGUGCUACGCUUUGCACACCUUCCGAUGAACGUCGUAUGAACGACAUGAGUGGCGCGAUGCGCGACAUGCGCGUAACAUUCGCUGGUAUGACUCCUUCGGUUGCUCGAACGCUGGACGUAGACAUUCUCGACCACUUGGAUUCCAUCGCUCUAGGUGGCGAAGGAGUGUCGACUAGCGAUGCGAUGUCCUGGGGCCAAAGAACCAGGGUCGUCAACGCCUAUGGACCAUCGGAAGCCACUGUUGGUGCAACCAUCAACGACAACGUGGCCGCUAAGCCAUACAUUACUAUGGGCAAGCGCAAGGGAUGUGCUAUAUGGCUUACCGAGCCCGAAGAUCACAACAAGCUCGUACCCGUGGGUGCAGUCGGUGAAUUGCUCAUCGAAGGCCCCAUCGUCGGCGACGGGUAUCUCAACAAUCCGUCAAAGACGAAGGAAGUGUUCAUCGAAGACCCAGAGUUCCUGCUCAAAGGUAGCAAGAGCUAUCCAGGCCGAUAUGGGCGCAUCUACAAGACCGGUGAUCUUGUACGUUUCGACCCUGAUGGCAAUGGUGAACCCAUUUUCGUCGGACGACAAGAUCAGCAAGUCAAGCUUCGAGGCCAGCGCAUUGAGCUAGCUGAGAUUGAGUUCAACAUGCAGAAGCAUCUCCCCGCAGACACUCAACUCGCUGUUGAGGUCAUCAAGCCCAGUGGAGGCGGCGAACAGACGCUCGUCGCUUUCCUCGUCGAGCAGAGAAAGAACGGUAUGCGACAUCUCGACGGAAACGUGUUCGGAAGCUUCACCACCAAGUUCCAGUCAGCUCUCAAAGCUAUGACCAAGCAACUCGCCAUCGAUCUUCCCGGCUACAUGGUGCCAAGCGCCUACAUCCCGCUCUGGAAGAUGCCACUACUAGUGUCGUGCAAGACAGACCGGAAGCGACUUCGCGAGAUCGGUACCUCCGUCACACGCCAAGAUCUCAGGCGCUUCAACUCCGUCAUCUCUGAGAAGCAAGAGCCUACCACCGAGACGGAGCUCAAGCUUCGGUCAUUAUGGGCGAAGCUUCUGGGAGGGGAAGCAGACUUCAGUGCCAACGACAACUUCUUCAGUAUGGGCGGAGACUCCCUCCGAGCGAUGAGGCUGGUUCCUCUUGCGAGAGAAGCUGGGUUGUUGCUACACGUUCCAGACAUCAUGCUGAAUCCCACCCUGUCGGCUAUGGCUGCCAAGGCAACACCGUUGUCGGAAGAAGCAACGAACGACGUACCUGCUUUCUCGCUGGUUGGAAAGGAUUGGGAAGCGAAAUCCGCACAAGCCGAAACUGCCAAGCUGUGUGGUGUUGAAGUUGACGAAGUCGAGGACGUUCUUCCCUGCACGCCGCUUCAAGAAGGUCUCAUGGCCCUUUCGGCCAAGUUCCAGGAUGCCUAUGUCGCUCAGCGAGUUGCGACAUUGCCAUCAGCGACCGCUCAGCGCUUGAAGAAAGCCUUCGAUGUCGCAGUUCAGGGCUCACCCAUCUUGCGCACAAGAAUCGUUAACGUCUCUGGCCGUGGUCUUUACCAGGUCGUCCUGAAGGACGGCAAACUACUGCGCGAGCAUGGUUAUGAUCCAGCAGAGUAUCUUCGACGCGACCGCGAAGAAGCUAUGGAUCUGGGCACUGCACUAUUCCGCUACGGUCUGGCUCAAGAAGCUGGUAGCGACAAGACUCACUUCGUCAUCACGAUGCAUCACGCUGUUUACGAUGGAUGGUCGAUGCCUCUCGUGUUUGAUCGCAUCAACCGCGCUUUCAACGGCCUUACGACCGAAAGACCUGUAUCUUUCAAGCACUUCAUCAAGCACCUCACCAGCCUUGACCCAGCUGUAGCUCGAGACUACUGGAAAGAGCGAUUGAACGGCGUCAACCCGCAUCAAUUCCCUCCUCUACCGCAGAAAGGAUAUGUCACCCAAGCCGACUCGUUGCUCGAACACUACGUUACCGUUCCAACAUCAGCGCACAACAAGCUUACUCUGGCAACUAUCAUCCGCGGAGCCUGGGCACUGACAUCAUCUUUGUACAUGGGCCAUCCCGAUGUCGUGUUUGGGGAGACGUUGACAGGUCGUUCUGCGCCGGUACACGCGAUUGUGGAGAUCGAAGGCCCCAUGAUCACAACCGUUCCCAUUCGCGUCCGACUGAACCUCGACCGACCAAUCGCUGAGUACCUACAAGCCGUCCACGCCCAGACCGUGCAGCAGAUCCCGCAUGAACACUUGGGAUUGCAGAACAUCCGCCGACUAAGCAAGGAUGCUCGUGUAGCAUGCGAUCUGCGCACAGGUCUUGUUUUGCAUCCCCGAGAGGACGAUGACGGUGCUCCUGUCGAUAUGGAGACUGCCCCGGCUAACACGUUCCUUCCCGCUGAUGACGCGGAAGCCGCACGUGAAGCCCUCAAGUUCAACACAUACGCACUCAUGCUCGUGUGCACACUGGACGAGAACGGCUUCUUGGUCAUGGCCAGCUUUGAUUCGAAGUGCAUCGGCAAGGACGCUAUGGAGAGGGUACUUGUUGUAUUCAAUCGCAUCAUCACGGCGUUCUUGGGUAACCCCGAGAGUAAGUUGGGUGAUGUCGCUGUUCUCGAUCCUGCCGAAGCUCGAGAUGCAGAGGCGAUGAGGCCGCGAGAUGUCAUGAGCGACAGUGGUGUAGGCACCUCGCCAAUCGACAGCCCGACUCAAGAUGCCAAGUCAAAGGCGUCGUCGCCAAACGAGCAGAAGCUGUGCAAUAUUCUUAGUCGCAUCCUCGGUAUGCCAGAGACGGAGAUCAAGCCCAGCGACAGCUUCUUUGAACUGGGUGGUGACUCCAUCGGCGCAAUGCGCCUCGUGUCCGAUGCGCGCGCACAAGGCUUGAACCUGACGGUGGCUCAAGUCUUCCAGAGCCAGUCUUUAUCCGAGUUGGCGGCUUCGACCGGCAACGAGAAAGAAAAUAAGCUUAUGGAUAUCCUCAGCCGCAUUCUUGGUAUGCCCAAGAGCGAGAUCAACGGUAGCGACAGCUUCUUCGAGCUCGGAGGCGACUCCAUCGGUGCCAUGCGUCUCGUAUCUGAUGCACGCGCUCAAGGUCUCAACAUCACUGUCGCGCAAGUCUUCCAAAGCCAAUCUCUCUCCGAGCUUGCUUCGUCCGCGGAGGAAGCAAAUGCAUCGCAGACUAAUGUCAACAUCGAUGCACCUUUCGCUGCUCUCGGUAAGGAAGCGUCGCUAUACAGUGCCGAUCGCAUCGGUGCAUACCUGGAGGAUCAGACAUGGCAGAUUGCGGAUAUAUAUCCUGCAAGACCGCUCCAACAACUGGCUGUCGAGGGUACCGUCGACUUGCCACGCUACUCACUGCGUUACGAACUCAUCAAGUUCGCUACACCAGUCGAUCGUCAGAAGCUCGAGCAAGCUUGCCAAGAGCUCGUGGCACGCAACGAAGUCCUGCGCACUGUCUUUGUAAAAGACGAGAGCAAGGUACUUGGCGUGGUGCUGUCCUCUCUGCGAGUUCCCUACACCGAGAUCGCAGUACCAGACAACGAAGACAUCAACACAGUCGCCCAAGCCUUCACAAAACACGACAUCCAAGCUCCCAAACCGCAUGGCUCGUCAUUCGUGUCCUUCACCCUCUUCACAAGCGCAAGGACCGGCGCUUCAACCCUCGUCUUCCGCAUCUCCCACGCCCAAUACGACGAGAUCUGUCUUCCCAUCCUGUACGAGCAGCUCUCCGCGCUAUACGCAGGCACCGACGUACCAGAGACGAUACCAUUCAGCAAGCACGUAAACCACGUGGUUCUAGACAACAUGCCAAAAGCCAUCCCUUACUGGCAGAACCUUCUCUCUAGCUCCCAGAUGUCUGUCCUGAAGCCCGACAUUCCGCUCACACACCGCGGCCCUGCGGAUGUAUACAUGGAGUUUGAUAUCUCUGCCCGCCCGGCAAACAUCACCAUCGGGUCGCUGCCAACCGCUGCAUGGGCGCUCGUUCUUUCACAGCGUCUUGGUCUCAAAGACGUAGUCUUUGGUGAGGUCGUCUCGGGAAGAAACAUCGGCGCUGCGAACGCUGAUCGCAUCUUUGGACCGACAUGGCAGUACAUUCCCUUCCGCGUACCGUUCAAGUCUAGCUGGACGUACCUUGAACUGUUGAACUUUGUGCAACACCAGCACAUUACCUCCGCAGCCUACGAGUCUAUGGGCUUCAUGGAGAUCGUGGAGAACUGCACGGAUUGGGACGCCAAGAAGGUCAACUGGUUCGAUACAGUUGUCCACCAAGCACCUGCUUGGGUCGAAGAACUGCCGUUCGGCAAUGGCGUUGAGGCGAAGUUCGAAACGCUGUAUCCGCAUGGUGAGCCGUUGAGGGAGUGGAAGUGCCAGGCCUUUGUCAAGGAUGGAGGAAAAAAGUUGGGUAUUGAGAUUGUGACUUUUGAGGAGUGGAAGGACGUUGCGAGGGGGGUGUUGAAGGAGGUUGGCGAGGCAUUAGAUUGCUUGAUGAAGGGUAAGGCGGGAGAGAAGAUCUUCGAUGGUGGGGAUGCACUUGUCGAGGAGAGCAAGCCGAGCUUGGAAGAUUUUGAGGGUGUGAUGUAG